AUGUCUGCACCAUUUCAAUCAUAUGCCAUCACCGGAAUCCCGACUGAGGGUACGGGUCCCCCACCGUCCCGACGUGAGAUCAACGCUUGGGCUACACAGAACCCAAUCCAGCUAUCGCUCUUCAUCCAGGCUCUGCGAAUCUUUCAGAGCAUGGACUUCAUGGAUCAGUUAUCCUACUACCGCAUCGCCGGUAUCCAUGGCCUUCCGGCCACGUCCUGGGACAACGAUCCUAUCCCGAUAGAGGUAACAAAAUCCUAUCCAGGCCACUACAAUAACCCUCACAAGGGAGGCUCAGAGACUCCUGACUUUUAUUGCCCACACAACUCGUUAAUCUUCCCAACUUGGCACCGUGCCUACUUGCUUCUCUUCGAGCAGCGCCUUUGGGAGAUUAUGACGAAAGAGAUCGUCCCUACAGCCCCCUCCAGCGCUCAGCAGCAGUGGAUGACCGAAGCGAAUGCCUGGCGUUUGCCGUACUGGGACUGGGCCAACAUUCCAAGUGUCCCUGAUGUUGCGAGUACUCAAAAGAUCACCAUCCAGAUGCCAGAUGGGACGUCGCAAGAGGAUUGGAACCCGCUCUAUCAGUUCAGCACGGCCAACAUGACGCAAUUCAAGACCACUUCCAUGCAGCCUAUUCUUGCCGAUCAAACGACCUUUGGGCAAUUUGCCAUCUUUGAUGAACCUCCUACCAACCAAACGUAUGCCACAAGCCGAUGGGGACUCGACAACCCUAUCACGACUCAACAGAUUUCCGGAAUAGUCAAUAACCAGGCCGUAAAUACUGCACUACAGACACCGCCUUGGGCAAAUGUCCAGCAUGCUAAAGGGCUCAACGGCAGGCUUGCCGAACAGGUUUCGCGACUCUUCGUCCCCAGCAACUUUAACAACUUCGCCGAAUUUGCGACAACUGCACAUGGUAAACAGGGUCCUUGUGGAUGGCUCUCUCUCGAGCUGCUGCACAAUUGUAUUCAUGACUUCACGGGUGGCGUCGGCUACACUCCUGACCCGCCCGCCAACGGUACUAAAAGCCAGCCGCCGGGGCCGCCGCCUACAGAUUCCAAGGUUCGCCCGGUGAAGUAUGGCUACGGCCAUAUGGCUGACCUCGGUGUCGCGGCCUUUGACCCAAUCUUCUGGCUCCAUCAUUGCAACGUGGAUCGUCAGCUUGCGAUCUUCCAGUCUCUUAACUCCGUGCCCUGGUGGUCCGGCCAGGACGUGAAGAACGACCCGGCUUCCAAUGACCCGUUGUAUCCAUUUCAUACCGAUGCCAACUUUGGACACUGGACCUCUGACGCGCUACAGUACUGGACCAAGCUUGGAUACACCUACGACGACCUCACGCCUUCGGAGGAAUCCAAUGCUCCCACCGUCACCCCUGAGGUACUCAUUGGCCGCCUGACAGCCAAGUACGGCAUCCUGAGGAACCUAUUGAAGGAGAAUUCGCACAAGAACGUUGCCGGGUUAGAUAACGACUUCAUCAUCAACGUUCUGUACAACCGUUAUGCUCUUGGAGGCCGAAGUUACAUCAUCUACUUCUUCCUCGGUAGCAACAACAGCAACGCCUCCGGAAACCCCCAGGAUAAUCUCUGGAGCGAGGACUAUAUUGGCAGCAUCCACAGCUUCUCGAGGAACUGGAAGAAGAGCGGAGUGGCGUGUGCCAACUGCGUCAAGCAGGAGAGCAUUCAGCAGCUUUCAAAGGGACAAGUGCCUCUGACACUGCAGCUAUUGAAGAGAGCUAUUGACGAGGACAGGUGGAACGACAUCAAGCAUCUUGGGUCGGACCACGUCCUCGAUUAUGUGAAGAAGAACCUGCACUGGAGAGUCGUGGCUCUACCCGGCGAGGUCAUCCAGGAGGAAGUAAUGCCGGAUCUUGAGGUCACCUUUUUGGCUGGCAAAGGCACUCAUCCUGAAGAUCCGGAGAAGUCUUCGGAGUUCCAUGAUUACAAUGAUGAGUGGAAAAUUACAAAGGGCAGCAAUGGAAACUGCCGAUGGGAACAAACCAGGAAGGACGGCAAGAAACUCUAA